AUGCUUGAGAAUGCUGUGGUAAUAUGUCAAGCAACGCGGCUUGAAACCGAAAAGGAGGAGCUUCUUGAGCUUCAUCGCUCAAUAGUCGAAAGCUCCAUCAAGCUUAGCCAUGGGCUCAAGGAGGCGCUUCAGAUGGCAUCUGCAGAAACUUCCCAGCGUCAAGCCUUCGUGGAGGCGACAGCAGCUCUGCAGGCGAAGCUGACACAGGACCUGGAAGCAACUGAGAUUGGCUUCAGAGCUCUGCUGGGCAACUUAAUGGAAAGUAUCGAGUCUGCCGUCGAUUCGGCAGUUACAACUGCAACCUCAGCCCUUGCAAGGGUACAUGAAGAUGCAACAAGCUUCGAGAAGGACAUUCGAAAUGCUACCAAUGAAGUCAACUACCUGCGACAAAUGCUGCAAGCUGUUUACGAUGAAGCACUAACCAGAGAAGCGCAAACUGUGCAUGCUCAUGAGCAGAAUGUCGAGAAACAGAAUGAACUUGCGCUCUCACUUCAAUCCAGGCUCGAGUCCCUUGUGCAGGGUGAUGUGGCCCGGCUCUCUCAGAAUGUCGAGACUUUUGACGCGUCGCUAUCAUGGCUCUCAGAGAGGCUAGGACUCAUUCUACAACAAGAGCUGAGCUUGUCCGCGCGACUGCGAAACUUCGAGACGUCUCUUGAAAGCUCGCAAUCCAAAGCUGAAGCCUUACACACAGCUCAGUUGCAACAGUUCGAUGCACUUAAAGCGCAAUAUAGAUUACAGCAACAUAUGGAAACCAACUUUCAAAUUUCACAAGCUCUUCUUGACAAGGCGACUGCGACUGUUGCGAACUUACAAGCGAUGAUUGACGAGACGACGACCAGAUAUCGAGAUUCCCCAAUCUUAGGGAAUAUUAUUGGACCAUACUCUGCAUGGACAGUGUGUGGUCUUCUUCUCAGUUUUAUAGGCGCACACAAUCCAAGAUUAGCUCUGGCAGCUCUUUUGAUCGGUGCCGUCCACCUUACGGUGACGAGAUUCUACCACGGCGUUCUGUUUUAG